AUGCCUAGAGCUCCAUCUUCCCGACCAGUCGGACGGGGUCCUCGAGGUCCGGUCGAGCGUCCGCAAGCUUCGCUAGCAGCCGAGCUGGAAGCCGAUCGGGCCAGUUCAAAGUUUGGCAGCGUAUCCCUGCCAGGUAGGAGAGCGCGCCGGAAUGGUGUGGCGGACGAAGAAGAAGGAGUAGAAGAUGGGGCCUCCUCGAGGAGGUUGAAGGUGACGGGCUCCAAAGCUGGUGGUGAUGCAAAGACGCGGGACACACCAAAGGGAUUCGUCGAUGCUAGGUUGAGCAGAAACAUUCUCAAGCUCGCACGGGAAGAGCAAGAGGAGAUGGAGAGAGAAGCCGAGAUGGACGCUGCUCAGGCUGGUCCCAGUCGUCUCUUCGACGCUGAACUUCGUGGCCCGCCAGUCGCAGAGGACAAUGAUGAGGAUGAAGUGGACAAAGGAAUGCUGGAUGGCGCAUCCGUCACUUCUUCACAAGCAGGAUCUCUGCUGGAAGAGACCGAAGAGAUGGAUCCAACAGAUGCUGCAUUGCUAGCCAGGUUUGCGGAGGAACAUGGUGGAGGUGGAGGUGCAGAGGAGUACCAAGAAGAGCCUGGCAUGAGGGAUCACGAAGACCCAGAUGGCGGAGGAGGACAGACGCUGGCGGACAUCAUCAUGGCCAAGAUCAAAGAAGCCGAAGCGCGCGGCGGCAAAACCGCCAGCUUCAAAUUGGGCGCUGUGGACGGUCAAGAGGCUCAGGAGGAUGCAGCUCUCAAUUCCCUUCCACCGGGUGUAAGCGUCAAGGUUGGCGAGGCGUACACAAAGUGAGUAUAUCGUGGCCAUUGAGCUCUGUGCGCGCUAGCAGCUGUACUAAAUCGUUUCUGCUUUGCUUCUACUCACCAGAGUGGGGAUGCUGCUUUCGCGCUACAAGUCAGGUCCCCUGCCAAAGGCUUUCAAGAUCAUCCCAUCUUUACCCAACUGGGAUGCCAUUUUGUAUCUCACAAAUCCCUCCGGAUGGACCCCUCACGCGACGCUUGCAGCAACACGAAUCCUUUGCAGCAAUUUGAAACCUUCGCAGUCGCAACGCUUCUUCAAGUACGUCUUGCUGCCCAAAUUCAGGGAGCAGGUUCAAGACACCGGAAAGGUAACCCCGCAGGUCUUCGAAGCUUGCAUCAAGGCUGUAUACAAGCCGGCGGCUUUCUUCAAGGGACUUCUCUUCCCGUUAGCAGAGGUGAGACUGCCAAUCUGUACUCUCUGUGACACGGUGAUCAUUGGCGGUGCGCCUACCUACUCAUGCUACCCGCCGUCUUGAACAGGCUGGCUGCACGCUCAAAGAAGCAGCCAUCAUGUCGGCCGUCCUGUCUCGUGUUUCCAUACCCGUGCUACACUCCGCUGCAGCGCUCUUGCGUCUUUCGGAGAUGCAUUACAGAGGACCAACGUCUCUUUUCAUCCGAACUUUGCUCGACAAAAAGUACGCUCUGCCUUACAAGGUCGUGGAUGCGCUCGUCUUUCAUUUCUUGAGAUUCUCCGAUCCUGAGAUGGGAGUAGAGAAGAAUGAUCACGGGGAGAAGAGGAUGCCGGUGCUGUGGCAUCAGAGCUUUCUAGUCUUCUGUCAAAGGUGCGCCAGCGCGAUCGUCAAGUCUUGAUCGGAGCGAAGCUUGCUCAUGCUCAUCCUCGCUCUUGCCGCCUGCCUGCAGGUACAAGCAAGACCUGACGCCAGAUCAAAAAGCGGCACUUUUGGAUCUGCUGCGCGUGCAAAAGCACGACUCUAUAGGACCAGACAUCAGGAGGGAAUUGACGACUGGGCAUGCGCGCGGAGAAAUGCUCGACGAACCCAUCGAUGAGGAUAUGGACGAUGCCAUCAGUCUCUAG